AUGAAUUUAAUCUACAUAUCAAAGAGGAAUCCCCGAUUUAUUACCGAAAGCAGGUUUGCAGUAGCGGAGGAGUAUUGCCGGAUUAUGGCGGCCGAUAGUUCUAGAUCUUCAACAUCAUCGGCCGAUACGUACAUUGGAAGCUUGAUUAGUUUGACGUCCAAGAGCGAGAUCCGAUAUGAGGGAAUUUUGUACAACAUCAACACCGAAGAAUCCUCAAUCGGAUUGCGCAACGUAAGAUCAUUUGGAAGUGAAGGCCGAAAGAAAGAUGGACCACAAAUCAUGCCUAGUGAGAAAGUUUAUGAAUACAUCUUAUUUCGUGGAAGUGACAUCAAGGAUCUUCAGGUGAAAACAUCACCACCUGUUCAACAACCAACACAACCUUUAAACAGUGAUCCUGCCAUUAUACAAUCUCACUACCCUCGGCCAACUCUAACACCUUCAACCCUCCCUGCAACUGCCAACACUAACUCUUUUCUUGACCAAACUACCCCUAACGCACAACUAGGAUACCCUGGCAUGCCAUUAUACCAACCAGAUGGAAAUAUGGCUUCGUGGGGCCCAUCGCCACCUCCUCCAAAUUCCAAUUCUCUUCAAAUGCCAAUGUAUUGGCCAGGAUUCUAUCCACAGUCAAUGUAUCGACCAAUGCAGUAUCCCAAUUUCAACUCCCCCUUGCCCGGUGGGCUGCCCAACCUGCCCGAAUAUUCAUCUUCAUUAUUACCAACAUCCGCCAGCUCAGCUACUUUACUGGGGUCCACCUUGCCUUCUAGUCUUCCUCCUGUUCCACCUUUGGUAUUAACCACUGAACCCUUACCAAACUUUUUACAAACUAAUGCCCCUAACACUAACCCUGUGGUUUCUACUACUACUAUUACCAAUUCCAAUUCUACCCCUGAUGUAAAUGUCAGCAUAGCUCCAAUUUCUAACAACUCCAAUGAGUCACUGACACCAUCACUAGUGACACCUGGACAGUUGUUGCAGCCUGAGAAAGAUACGGGUGUUUCAUUUUCAUCAUCUCAGUCUUCUCAAGCUGUUGUUCAUAAGGAUGUGGACCCCACACCUUUGUCAGAAACACCUGUUGAAGCUCAGCCUCCAAUAUUGCCAUUACCAACUCAACCACGUAAUGCUCCAAAGACAAAUGGAGCUACUUACCAUAAUCACCAUAAUUACAGAGGGCGUGAAAGAGGCAGAGGAUCAGGGGUAAAUGGCUCAAGACCAGUUAUGAAAUUUACUGAAGAGUUUGACUUUACUGCAAUGAAUGAGAAAUUCAACAAGGAUGAAGUCUGGGAUGAAAAUUAUAAUGCUGCUCUACCAAAAUUGGACGUCAAGCCUGUUUAUAGCAAGGAUGAUUUUUUUGAUACAUUAUCGAGCAACUCCAGUGAUCAUCAAUUAAAUAAUGGAAGGACAAGAUUCUCUGAGCAGAUGAAACUAGAUACAGAGACGUUUGGAGAAUUCUCAAGAUACCGAUGGGGAAGGGGCGGCCGUGGGCCCUACCGUGGUGGUCGUUCACGAGGCGGUGGCGGCUAUUAUCAUGGAAGGGGAUACAAUUAUGUCAAUAGGGGUCGUGGUGGGAGAAUCCCUUCCCGUGAUUAUUAAAGUAUUUAUUGUGUUAAAAUAUUGCUUCAGUUUUUGGUUGUUUCUCAAUGAUAAAAAUUGUUGUCAUUUGUUAGAAUUAAAAGAAUGUUUGAAUGCAAAAAUAGCAAUGCACUUUUUUUUUACUGUUUUUUGUUUUUUCUUAAUUUAGUUUAACUUAUUUGGAAUUGGGUAUGAGUGAUGUAAAUAAUAAUGAGGAUGCAUGUAUUUAUGAUUUUACUUUUAUUGAGUUACAAAUUAAAAAUA